GAAGCGAGCUGCAGCAGCAGGAAGUCAGGCCUCUGCAGGAGGAGGGAAGCUGAUGCAUGACGAUAACAUGUACAGCAGCAUCACGCAUCCUGCUGAGGACACGGGACACCAGAGGACAGAGACCAGCCGAGAGGACCAGGACAUCAACUACGCCUCCGUCCAGUUCAGAAACAACCAACGCAACAAACAAGUGGAGGAGGCAGCUGAUAGCAUCAUCUACUCCUCAGUGGUCACCAAAGGCUGAGGUCACUUCCUGUUUCCUCCCACUCAACAGGAAGUCCUGAUCUGAUGAAGACUGAGUCAAACUUGCAUCAUCAUCAUCAGAGGAAACAUCAGAAAGAAAGACUCUGAACUGAACAGAAAUAAAUAGUUUUUUGUAUUAUAGUUGUUUAUUAAAGGUUUUAACUUUUUAUAUUUGAGGAAUCUUUCGAGGAAACCUCAGGUUUCAUCACUUCCUGCCAUUUUUCUUCUUUUCACGCCUGAAAUUUUUACAAUAUGAAGAGUUUUAGUAAUUCUGUUGAGGCUUUAAAAUAUUGCAAAAGUAGUUUCAUCAUUUCAGACACAAAAAGAGGAAGACUCUAAAAGCAAAAACUGUUUCUGGUUUUGAAAUAAAACUAAUCCUCAGUUCAAACUCAGAGUAGGUUAAUGAUUUAUGAAACCAAACUGAAGAAUUAUUGAACUUUUAAAAUGUGCAGAUUUAACAGUUUAAACUAAACAUGAGGGUCUGUGAGCUGCAGCUGAAACAGGUUCGGUUUAUAAUGAGAAGAAACAUGUGAAACAAACCAUCUGACCCUGAAUAAAUGAUUCAAUCAGA